GUUAGUGUCACUGCUAUGACAACAGGGAGAUGGCUUCAAGCAAGUUGAUGAGGCACACUCAAAAUGUGAUUUUUAUCUGAACUGCGAACCCCAUACGUUUACAUACAGGUUCGUCUUGUCAGAGGUAAGAGAGGCACGUUUAGAAUUUGGGAAUGUCGCUGGAAUGUUGAAACUAGACGCUUGUUAGCCUCCAAGCCAUGCACAAGCACAGCCAGCGCUAAUUAGCCAGCUAACUAGCUCGAGGUGUUUCCUGGGUGGCUAGCUUGCUACUGCUUGCUUGUUACCUAUAGAGAAUCAUGCAAGUCGUCCAGUUUAGUUUGUUUUUGUUCUGUUCAUAACAAUAGUUCAACACAUGGACAAUGCUUGCACGCAGCCCCUACUAGCUAGCUAGUUUUAUCAACAGAUUCUGCAUGUUGAUGUUGCUAACUAGAUAACGUUACUAAGGUUAGAUCUAGCUGGUUAUGUGAAAAUCAUUCUAUGCACCGCUAAUGAAAUGGAAUCUAGAGCUCUGCUGAUAUGCAUGGCACACCUGGAUAAUGUUGAAUUAUGAUGUGGUUGAUUGUCGAAUGCUGGCUGUGCUUUGCUCUCUGUUAAGUAGAUGAAAAGGGGCUGCUGAAAAGUCUUGGCCAUGAUAGUCUCGUGGGCAGGUGGUAUAAGGCUACAAGCUAUAGGCCUAUAAUAUUCCACUUGUAUAACCUUUCAAAAUCGAAAUAAUAAGGCUGUUAUUUUAGUCGUUAUAUAUGGUCUUGGUGUAGAGGGAGGGGGAUUCUCUAAUUUUCUCUCUCUCUAUGGAUUAGCUGUCCAUUCCACCUGCUCAGCAGUUGGCAAUUAGGAAAGCUGCUUGGCCCACGCCCUGAUACAAUCCCUGGUCAUGUGACUCAGCUGUCAUUGGCUAGUGUAACAGUCUUACUGUCAGUGUCACACAUAGACCACUGUCCAAACCUCCCUCUGGGUCCUGGAGUCAAAGAAACAUCAGCAUGUAGCCUAUAUAGGUCUACUGUAAGAGGUAGGCGCUAAUCCCCUACAAUAAAAGCAAAUGAUCAGUGAAUUACUAGACACACACACAAGCUAGCUUGAUAAAGCACUGCAAAUCUGAGGCUGGCACCCAUGAGGCUUAGAGUGAGUUAAAGUAGGAUUAGACAGAUCAUGCCAUAUAAGAGACUAGGUGGUAUACAUGAACGCCAACUCUUCCAAUCGUUUCAUCCUUCCAUUUGGUUCCAAGUGGGAUAGACAAACAGCAGGUAUCAGCCAUAUUGCUUUCACCUGUCCAUUAUUUUUAAAUGAAGGAGAGGAGAUGAAGAAGUGUAUCGAUGAGUGUCAGUCAGCCUGCUGGUCACGUGUGGAAGACUGAAAAGCAGUGUUAUGUGUAUGGUGUCCACUAGAGCGGCGAUAUGACCCUCUGUGUGUUUGUCUCUGUCUGUGUCUUUCUGUGUGUCUGUUUGUCUCCUCUGCAGUAGCAUGUCUCUGUUCAAGGCACGUGAUUGGUGGGCCACGGUGCUGGGCGAGGGGGAAGAGUUUGACCAGGGAUGCCUUUGUGUCGGAGAUGUGGACAACAGCGGCAGCGGACAUGGUGAGAACGUGUGGGGUCAUGUUGUGUCUGACUGCACUCUGCACUACAAAGACACUGUUCACUAAUAGACCCCAAAAAAACAAUGAGAGUGAAAGUACCCCUGGUACCAUAGUCUUAUUUACAUGCACAAAUCAGAUUUGUUCAUUGACUUGAUUUCCUGGAUCUUUAUUACCAUGUUUAAAACAUUCAAUUUGCCUUCUUGAUACAUAGCACAUACACUGAGUGUACAAAACAUUAAAAACACCUUCCUAAUAUUGAGUUGCACCCCCCCUUUUUGCCCUCAGCACAGCCUCAAUUCAUCAGGGCAUGGACUCUACAAGGUGUCGAAAGCGUUCCACAGGGAUGCUUGCCCAUGUUGACUCCAAUGCUUCCCACAGUUGUGUCAAGUUGACUGGAUGUCCUUUUGGUGGUGGACCAUUCUUUAUACACACGGGAAACUGUUGAGCGUGAAAAACCCAGCAGUGUUGCUGUUCUUGACACAAACCGGUGCGCCUGGCACCUACUACCAUACCCUGUUCAAAGGCACUUAAAUAUUUUGUCUUGCCCAUUCACACAUACACAAUCCAUGUCUCAAUGCUUCAAAAUCCUUCUUUAACCUGUCUCCUCCCCUUCAUCUACACUGAUUUGGAAUGGCUUUAACAAGUGUCAUCGAUAAGGGAUCAUAGCUUUCACCUGGAUUCACCUGGUCAGUCUGUCAUGGAAAGAGCAGCUGUUCAUAAUGAUUUGUACAAUCAGUGUACAAUGAAGGGAGCAAUAUGAGACAUUAGAAAAUACAAUGUACAAAAACAUAAGUAUGCAGUGUGUAUGUCCUCUCUCCUGUAGAUAAGAUAGUGGUGGGCAGCUACAUGGGCAUGCUGCGGAUCUUCUCCCCCCACCCUGCCAAGCCUGGAGAGCCCAGCCCGGCAGACAGCCAGCUACUGGAGAUGCAGUUCAGAGACCCCGUCAUCCAGGUUGAAGUGGGCAAGUUUGUCUCGUAAGUACCAGGGCACACGCACCUACUGCUCAAAUAGUAUGCUACACACACCUACUGCUCUGGGAUGUACAGUGAGGGAAAAAUGUAUUUGAUCCCCUGCUGAUUUUGUACGUUUGCCCACUGACAAAGACAUGAUCAGUCUAUAAUUUUAAUGGUAGGUUUAUUUGAACAGUGAGAGACAGAAUAACAACAAAAAAAUCCAGAAAAACGCAUGUCAGAAAUGUUAUAAAUUGAUUUAUAUUUUAAUGAGGGAAAUAAGUAUUUGACCCCUCUGCAAAACAUGACUUAGUACUUGGUGGCAAAACCCUUGUUGGCAAUCACAGAGGUCAGACGUUUCUUGUAUUUGGCCACCAGGUUUGCACACAUCUCAGGAGGGAUUUUGUCCCACUCCUCUUUGCAGAUCUUCUCUAAGUCAUUAAGGUUUCGAGGCUGACGUUUGGGCAACUGAAUCUUCAGCUCCCUCCACAGAUUUUCUAUGGGAUUAAGGUCUGGAGACUGGCUAGGCCACUCCAGGACCUUAAUGUGCUUCUUCUUGAGCCACUCCUUUGUUGCCUUGGCCGUGUGUUUUGGGUCAUUGUCAUGCUGGAAUACCCAUCCACGACCCAUUUUCAAUGCCCUGGCUGAGGGAAGGAGGUUCUCACCCAAGAUUUGACGGGACAUGGCGCCGUCCAUCGUCCCUUUGAUGCGGUGAAGUUGUCCUGUCCCCUUAGCAGAAAAACACCCCCAAACAUAAUGUUUCCACCUCUAUGUUUGACGGUGGGGAUGGUGUUCUUGGGGUCAUAGGCAGCAUUCCUCCUCCUCCAAACCCUGCGAGUUGAGUGCCAAAGAGCUCGAUUUUGGUCUCAUCUGACCACAACACUUUCACCCAGUUCUCCUCUGAAUCAUUCAGAUGUUCAUUGGCAAACUACAGACGGGCCUGUAUAUGUGCUUUCUUGAGCAGGGGGACCUUGCGGGCGCUGCAGGAUUUCAGCCCUUCACGGGGUAGUGUGUUACCAAUUGUUUUCUUGGUGACUAUGGUCCCAGCUGCCUUGAGAUCAUUGACAAGAUCCUCCCGUGUAGUUCUGGGCUGAUUCCUCACCGUUCUCAUGAUCAUUGCAACUCAACGAGGUGAGAUCUUGCAUGGAGCCCCAGGCCGAGGGAGAUUGACAGUUAUUUUGUGUUUCUUCCAUUUGCGAAUAAUCGCACAAACUGUUGUCACCUUCUCACCAAGCUGCUUGGCGAUGGUCCUGUAGCCCAUUCCAGCCUUGUAGACCUGUAGGUCUACAAUCUUGUCCCUGACAUCCUUGGAGAGCUCUUUGGUCUUGGCCAUGGUGGAGAGUUUGGAAUCUGAUUGAUUGAUUGCUUCUGUGGACAGGUGUCUUUUAUACAGGUAACAAGCUGAGAUUAGGAGUGUGCUCCUAAUCUCAGCUCGUUACCUGUAUAAAAGACACCUGGGAGCCAGAAAUCUUUCUGAUUGAGAGGGGGUCAAAUACUUAUUUCCCUCAUUAAAAUGCAAAUCAAUUUAUAACAUUUUUGACAUGCGUUUUUCUGGAUUUUUUUGUUGUUAUUCUAUCUCUCACUGUUUAAAUAAACCUACCAUUAAAAUUAUAGACUGAUCAUUUCUUUGUCAGUGGGCAAAUGUACAAACUCAGCAGGGGAUCAAAUACUUUUUUCCCUCACUGUAUGCUAAUGAUGCUCUCACUUACUCUUUAUUUAUUUUAUUUUACCUUUAUUUAACUAGGCAAGUCACUUAAGAACAAAUUCUUAUUUACAAUGACUGCCUACACCGGCCAAACCCGGACGACGCUGGGCGCUGUGCGCCGCCCUAUGGGACUCCCAAUCACGGCCGGUUGUGAUACAGCCUGGAAUCGAACCAGGUGGUCUGUAGUGACGCCUCAAGCACUGAAAUGCAGUGCCUUAGACCGCUGCGCCACUCGGGAGAGGGGGAACUCUAAGCAAUCACUCAGUCAUCGUGUUAAUAAUGCCUUUUCUCCUCCCCCCUCUCUGGCACUCAGAAGUGUGGCCUGGAAUUGCAGGUCAAAUGGGCAAUCAUGGCAUUAACUAAAUAUAGCCCUGCUUACAACAUGAAGUACCACCUCACGAAUGGAACUCUCUACCCUCAUUGUCCUACAUCACUGCCGAAGGACUAGAGUCACACAGGAAUGAUGAUGUCACGUGUUGGGAGUCAAUGGCUUUUCCUGUUGCUUCCUAAAUACACAUUAGUUUCAUGUACAUAAUUCAGUCAUAAGUAGGGCCAAGGGUUUCUCCUGAUCACAUGACCUUGCUGACCCUAGUCAUGACACCGUCGUGAACUCCUGACCCUAGUCAUACUGUCAGGCUGUGAAAUCCCCUGUACCACAAAGUCAAGAGGUAGUUGCUGUCACGGCGUUUGGUUAUCCACUGAAUAGACAUGAAUGGAGUUCAUGAACCUUGGCAUUGACUGUAACUUUAUUAUUGUCUGAAUCUGCUUCCAGUACAUCCUGACCACCAUGUCAUGAGUUCAGCUCUCUCCAUGUGAUUUAUCAUACCAUAUCAACCACCUAGUCUCAAACUUGGCUGGGCCCACUACUUUAGCCUAACCACCAAGUUAACGGCACAUAGUUGGAGACACCCCAGGGUCCCAUUUCAAGAUGUUGUUAAAGGAAAUUUUGUUCUCAAGGACUUUAACUUGCUAAAUACAGGUUGAGUAAAUACUCAAAUAUUUUGAACAAAAAAUGUCAAGCGCUAGACUGAAACCACCAUUGCCCCCUCUGCUCUCCCCAUGGCCAAAAGUAUUCAAGUAAGAGGAGAAAGAGGGGGAUGGGAGGAGAAAGAUGGCGAGAAAGGGAGGAAUGGUGAGGGAAGACGGGAAUGUUGGGAUAUGUCAUCACGGUGGUACAUUCCUGGGUGCACAGGGACCUCCUGGAGAGACAGGCUUCCGGGAAAAGCCGGGCACUUUUCCAAAAGCUUUUCCCACAAAGGGGAUGUAUGAGUCAAAGGAUUCCUUCAUCUGUUUGUUUGCAUUUUAUGUUACUGUAUGUUUUGGGGAAGCUGGUUUCGGUUAGCAUUUUUAAUGACCAUUGAGUGUUCCCUAAAUGGAGAAACACAUUGUAAAUAUUGUCUCUAGAGCAGUGGGGCGGGAGAUGUUGAAAUAUUUUCUAAUCGACAGUGGACGAUGUGGUUUUGAGUAAAGAAGAAAUCACCCGGCUUCGUUUUUAGUUGUUUUUCCUCUGUAAACAUUACAGCAGGGUUGACGACCGACAUGUGUUCCUCCGCAAAGCUGUAGAACACAUGUGCAAACCAUAGAUUUACAUCAAACAGAUUUGUCACUUUUUCCUAUGUGUAUUAUAUUUAUCCAUUCACAACUUGUGCUUGAAGUAGCAGUUGCCCUUAAAAUACAAAUUGAAGGCCAGGGUUGACUACAACCCCCCCCCCCCCCCCCCCCCCCCACACACACAAUCCUAGCCUUAACAUUAGUUUAUAUUUCAUUAUAUUUAUACUGAUAUACUCUUAUAUCAGUAUUGUCCUGUAUGUUUUCAUUGGCAAUUUUGGACAUCUGUUCUUCGCAGUGAUUGAAUGAUCUUCUCUGCAGGUGUUCAGAUCUUCUUCAUCUGGCUGUGCUGCACCCCAGAAAACUCUCUGUAUACUCCAUCUCAGGUAAUACCACACAUUUCAACAUUGGGUGUAAUAUGCAUGCCACACCACAUUGAUUUAGUGGACUACUACAGACUGGAAUAUGUUCCGGGAUUCAUCUGAUAACAUUGAGGAGUUUAGCACAUCUGUCACCGGUUUCAUUAAUAAGUGCAUCGACGACGUCGUCCCCACAGUGACCGUAUGUACUGUACAUAUCCCAACCAAAAGCCAUGGAUUGAUUUUUUUUUUCUCAAUUUGUCUGUCAUAGUUGACGUGUACCUAUGAUGAAAAUUACAGGCCUCUCUCAUCUUUUUAAGUGGGAGAACUUGCACAAUUGGUGGCUGACUAAAUACUUUUUUUCCCCACUGUAUGUGAGAAUGCUGUUCAUUGACUACAGCUCAGUGUUCAACAUCAUAGUGCCCACCAAGCUCAUCACUAAGCUCAGGACCCUGAGACUAAACACCUCCCUCUGCAACUGGAUCCUGGACUUCCUGACGGGCCGCCCCCAGGUGGUGAGGGUAGGUAACAACACAUCCGCUGCGCUUGCCCUCAACACGGGGCCCUUCAGGGGUGCGUGCUUAGUCCCCUCCUGUACUCCCUGUUCACCCACGACUGCGUGACCACGCACAACUCCAACACCAUCAUUACGUUUGCUGACUCUGGUAGGCCUGACGACAAUGAGACCGCCUAUAGAGAGGAGGUCAGUGACCUGGCAGUGUGGUGCCAGGACAACAACCUCUCCCUCAACGUCAGCAAGACAAAGGAGCUGAUCUUGGACUACCGGACACAGAGGGCUGAGCACGCCCACUUCCACAUCGAUGGGGCUGUAGUGGUGCGUGUCGAGAGCAUUAAGUUCCUCGGUUUCCACAUCACUCAGGAAUUAACAUGGUCCAGACACACCAACACAGUCGUGAAGAAGGCAUGACAAUGCCUCUUUCCCAUCGGGAGACUGAAAAGAUUUGGCAUAGGCCCUCAGAUCCUCAAAAAGUUAUAUAGCUACACCAUUGAGUGCAUCUUGACUUGCUGCAUCACCGCUUGGUAUGGCAACUGCUUGGCAUCCGACCGCAAGGCACUACUGAGGGUAGUGCGUACGGCCCAGUACAUCACUGGAGCCAAGCACCUUGCCAUCCAGGACCUCCAGCCACCCAAGUCACAGACUGUUUGUUCUCUCUGAUACCUUACCGCACUGCAAGCAGUACCGAUGCACCAAGUCUGGAACCAACAGGACCCUGAACCGCUUCUACCCCCCAAGCCAUAAGACUACUAAAUAGUCCAGGUAGCUAUUUGGUUAACUAUCUGCAUGACCCUCUUUGCACUAACAUUUUUUACUCAUCACAUACGCUGCUGCUACUGUUUAUUAUCUAUCCUGUUGCCUACCUCUACCUAUAUGUACAUAUCUACCUCAAUUAACUCAUACCCCUGCACAUGGACUCGGUACUGGUACUCCGUGUAUAUAGCCAAGUUAGUGUUACUCAUUGUGUAUUUAUUCCUCAGGUUAUUAUUUGUUCUAUAUUUCUCUCUGCAUUGUUGGGAAGGGCCCGUAAGUAAGCGUUUCACUGUUAGUCUACACCUGUUGUUUACGAAAGAAUGUGACAAAUAAGAUUUGAUUUGAUUUUGAUUUGAUACUAUGGCAGUUUGCUCCCGUUCUUCUAGUUCUCAUUCUGCAGAUUUAACCAUAGGACAUAGUAAUGAUAUGUGACAAUAAAUAUUAAUAUGGAGGGUCUCUCUCUCUAUGUUCUCUCUCUCUACCUCUCUCUACUGUCUCUACCGUAGGUACUGCUGGUAAUGUGGAGCAUGGGGUUCAGUAUCAGCUCAAGCGGGUCUAUGAGCACAACCUCCAGAGGACCGCCUGCAACAUGACCUAUGGAACCUUCGGAGGGGUCACAGGUAACACGUCACAGCGCCCCCAUGACCAGCUCAAACACUUCACAUGUAACAGAUAUGCAUUGACAGUUUAGUCACAUACAGUUUAGUCACACACACACUCUUUCCAUUUUUUGGGUUAAUUCACUGCCCUUUCAUUUCUAAUGACCACAGAGCUAUAAGUGUAGAAUAUGACUCAUUCUGUGUGGAGGGGAACCCUUGGUGUUCUGGUGCAGGUUUAUUUGGAUGGCAGUGACUGGAUCAGUGUGUGCAUGGGUGUGUGUAUGCAUGUGCACACGUGUGGGUGUGUGGGUGUAUUUGUAUGUGUAGUAAGUUAGGUUGUGUGUGUCCUUUUAAAGGUUGUGUCAGGUCAACUACAGAAGCUUUCUUUUAGCCUGCCACGAACACACUCCUGAAAUCUGGACCCAAGCCACAGACAAGAGACAACAGGCAAUUCAUUAAUGGGAGAGCACAUGUAUCCAAACACGUGCUCCCCUGAACACACACACACACACACACACACACACACCUCAACAAUAUAACCCUUAUUUUAUUAUUGGUCUUCCCAUGUCUAAAAGGACUUCAGUUAAACGCUGGUCUGGUUUGUGUGCAUGCACGUGUGUGUGAGGAGACUUGGAGAUGUUUAGGAAGGGAGUCGUUGUGUUUCUCCUCCUUCUCUUUCUUACUCUUGAGUCACUCACUCUCUCACUCACACACACACACUCUCAGUAUAGUCGUGUCUCUCUGUGCCUCUCCUGUCAGUGUAGAGAGAGAGUGGAUUACAAUGAGGUUCCUAUAAAUAAGAGGCUAAGAGGAUCUCAACUCUAAUCCUGCUCCAGGGUUACACUACCACACAUCGCCACCGGGGAGCAGCACAGCCUGUGGAAUCAGCUCCUACACACCAGUACACACUUGUCAUCUGAGAGAGUGUAUUCAUCUGAAAUGAGUGUGUGUAUCUGUUUGUCUGUGUGUGUGUUUUCUGUGUGCAUGAGUGUGUGUACACAUCCAAAUGUGAGCACCCAUAAUAGUUCCCGACCAUAGAAUGACUGUAGGCGCUGUAAUAGCAGUGUUGUACUAAUACAGCCCUAAUGGCUGGGCUGGGCUGGGUUUGGGUCCGAAUCGGGCCACACACACACAGCGUAGGCCAUUCUAAGCAACACCUGGCCCACACCCCAGCCCAACACUACCCAGAACCCAGGCCCAAAGAACCACUGAACUGCUCUGCUCUGUCCUGCCAGCCUCUGUGCUUUGUCCUUGGGGCAAAACCUGUAUAACAGCAUGUUCUAUUAAUGCUAUUAGUAUGGGGUGGUUUCCUCUAUAUGUCUCUGCUAAGGUUAGAAGUGCUGUACUAAUGGUUUACAGAGCUAGAAGAGCAGUUUUUUGAUAUCUUUAGUAUGGGCGUAGACCCACACACAAGCGUGAGAGAAGACACACGCAUACAUGCACACACACCAUACAUGUGCACACACACACACACACACACACACACACGGCGGGGUAAUUGUGUGAGAGGCCUUGUCCUUCAGUGUUUUACUGACCUCCCAACCUGAGCCCAGCUCACCAAAUGGGGAUGACCAGAAUAGCUGGUGACGCACACACCCACACGUGUUUAUUAAUGUGUAUCUGCUCUGUAGGUGGUACUCCCUGACCCCUUGUUGAUGUGAGUGUGAUUUUUAAUAGCGCGUAGAGGCCUAAUUAUAGUUAUCUGGUCUCACAACCACUCUGUUUUAUGGCUCAUUGUGUGUGUGUGUGUGUGUGUGUGUGUGUGUACUCAGCCUUCUCAGAUUUUCUCUGCCAUAAAACUCAGUGGGCCAUUCCAAGCACUCCACACACACACACUCACACACUCAGGGAACACAGACCUAAAGCUGUGUAAGGCUGCUGUGAACAGACCUGCUCAGUCCAAGAGGUGUUAAUGGACAUAUCAGAUUCAGCGGAAGACAAAUUAGCAGCUAACCCACCACUACAACACAACAUAGCAGAGCAGCUAACCCACACCACUACAACACAACAUAGCAGAGUAGCUAACCCACCACUACAACACAACAUAGCAGAGCAGCUAACCCACCACUACAACACAACAUAGCAGAGUAGCUAACCCACCACUACAACACAACAUAGCAGAGCAGCUAACCCACCACUACAACACAACAUAGCAGAGCAGCUAACCCACCACUACAACACAACAUAGCAGAGCAGCUAACCCACCACUACAGCACAACAUAGCAGAGCAGCUAACCCACCACUACAGCACAACAUAGCAGAGCUGCUAACCCACCACUACAGCACAACAUAGCAGAGCAGCUAAACCACCACUACAGCACAACAUGUCAAGCAGAACUGUAGGUUACAUUUUUCCACAGAACGUAUAACAUUAUACAAGUCAUUUAGUCAGGCAGCAUUCAGGUCUAUGUUCUGUUAUUGUGUGUACUUUUCUGUGAUUCCGUGAUGCCAGUAUGAUUCCACCAGGUUGUCAUGUGUUAAUGUCCUAACCCUGUGUGUUGAAUUAACGUUUAUUCAACACUCCUGUAACGUUUGUCUUUUGUUCUUUCCCUUCAGACCACCACUCUCUGUGUAUCCAGUCCAUGGACGGCAUGCUGAUGUUCUUUGAGCAGGAGAGUUACUCAUUUGGCCGUUUCCUCCCUGGCUUCCUCCUGCCUGGCCCUCUGUGUUACUGCUCCCGCACUGACACCUUCCUCACUGUGUCCUCAGUACGACAGGUUGAGAGCUACAGGUACACACACACGCUGCAAAACACACACGCACACGCUGCAAAACACACACGCACACGCUGCAAAACACACACACACCGCUGCAAAACACACACACACGCUGCCAAAACACACACACACACGGCUGCAAAACACACACCACGCUGCAAAACACACACACACACGCUGCAAAACACACACACGCUGCAAAACCACACACGCUUGCAAAACACACACACACGCUGCAAAACACACCACACGCUGCAAAACACACACACGUGCAAAAACACACCACACGCUGCAAAACACACGCUGCAAAACACACACACACUGCAAAACACACACACACACACACUGCAAAACACACACACGCUGCAAAACACACACACACGCUGCAAAACACACACAACACACACGCUGCAAAACCCACACACACACACACGCUGCAAAACACACACACACACACGCUGCAAAACACACACAUGCUGCAAAAACACACACACACGCUGCAAAACACAAAACACACUGCAAAACACAAACACACACUGCAAAACACAAACACACACUGCAAAACACACACACACACGCUGCAACACACACACACACACACACACGCAUGCCAACACACACACACACCACACGCUGCCAAAACCAACACAACACGCUGCAAAAAACACACACACAUACACGCUGCAAAACACACACGCUGCAAAACACACACACACACACACACACACACACGCUGCAAAACACACACAACACACACGCUGCAAAACACACACACACACCUCCUCAGGGGAAAGUAAGUGAAUGAAAAAGUGAGUGUGAGUGAAGAAGUGUACUCGUCGCCUCUGAAGGCUGUCUGCCUGCCUGCUACUCCACACUAGAUCUUUAAAUACAUCUGUGGUGCAGCAGACGGGAGGCCAUUUUCUAGUCCUCCUAACACCACAAACCACUGCACCAUCUUUAAAUAAUAGGGGAGAGUGUUCUGUGUGUGUGUGCUUGUCUUUGCGUGUGUGUGCUUGUCUUUGCGUGUGUGUGUGUGUGUGUGUGUGUGUAAAUCGUGUAUAGGGGAUACUGCAGAUUAUUGCCACAGCUGAGUCUGGUUAUCCCCGGUGCUAAGUUAACAUUUUCACGUCCUAAUGAAAUUUCCACUCAUUGAUCUCCACAGCUCCUCAUGUAAGCCAUAUCUUUAUUUUCCUCUACUUUGGCCACUCAUCGCCCCGCCACAAUAAUCACAGUUCCCUUCCUCUACAAACACACACCGGGAUUUUCCUUUUUGACGCUCCUGCUAAAACCGGAGGGAAAUUGGGGAAAGGCGGAAGUGUGUGUGUGUGUGUUUUGGUGUGUGAAACCCGGCCUUCCAGCUGUUUGUUAUCCCAGAUUUCUCCGAUAUCAAGAGCUUCCCCAGACGAGAUAUCAAUGCGGAAACGCUGACACCCUCCUCCCUCUCCUCAAUUCUCAGACUGUAUAUAUGAAUUCUAAUAAAAAUGAUUCUGCCAAGGAUGGAGCGCUCUAUGGCCCCAGUUAACACUUGGCUGUGUCUAGACUUGGUCUCUGGGGCUAGAAUUCCACUUUCUGAUCAAAUCUACAAUCAAAAGGCAAGAAAACUGUAGAUACAAAGAGAGCUACAUUUGGUCAUGAAAAUCCUGCAUGUUAGUUAGAAAUAGCCUUGCUCUGAGUGUCAUACUACAUAAUAUCAGUCAGCUAGUGGAACUGUUCCGCUCCCUUGGUUUGUUUAGCCAGUAAUGUUGAUUUUCUCUCCGCUUGAGGGUUGAUGAAUGAGGGUUUGAUUUUGUGUGUGUGUAUCAGGGCAGUAUUGGGUAGAUAUCCUCUUUCAUAUAAAUGACUGGGCUGUUUCCUCUGGCUGUAGACGUCCCACGCUGGCUGCUGAGUGACACACACACACACACACACACACACACAUCCCAGUCCUUCAUCUAGCCUCCAUGCCCGGCUUCACACACUCACUCUGUCUCUCUCUGGGCGGUCUGAGACACAGCGACACUCUUCUGUCUAACCUGGAGAGGUUGACUGGGUUUGUGUGGAUUGCACUGGUUAAAUGUGAGCCUCAUGUGUGGUGUGUGUUGGUAGUGUGUUCAUGCGCACACACGAUCAUACAUUUUGUACACACAACCGUGCAUGCAUAUUAUGCACAUAUUUCUACUCAUGUAAACACACACACACCUUCCCUGCUCCCCUGGGCUGGCCUGAGCUGUGGAACUCUGAAUGUGUGUGUGCAUGCUGGUGAAUAAUACAUUCUUCAAGGUUUGGACUCUAUCAUCACACACACACACACACACACACACACACACACACACACACACACACACACAGUCACACACUUUGUGAUUCUAUGUGUUAGAUCUCAUUCACACUAGCGCAUUCACCAACAGACCUGACCAUAGUACUCUGGCCUUAAAAGGCCUUGGCUAGAUGGUGCCAAUCUCUCCCAUCCAUUUAGGAUUGAGCCCUGCAGAUUUCUUAUAGCUGAUAAGAAGUAAUGUAAGAAUGCAAACCAAAGUGCACUUCAACACUUCUUCGAUGUGCAUUUGUCAGGAGUGUACUCUAUUGCUAUACCUCUGCAACCAGGGACGGCAAACUAGGUCCUGUUUCCUCUUCCUCCACCUUCCUCCUUGGCCCUGCUUGCUGUUGUCUUUGGACAUUUUCAUUCCUCCAUUCCUUUCUCAGAGAGCAAGAGAAAGUGACUUUCUCCCUGACAGAGCAAAUAGUCUCCUGUCGUUUACAGCUCCACAAACAUCAGGGCUUAGCAGGUUCUGAUUUCCCUUCCGUUCCCCGCUCCUCCGCACACUCCACUGGCUUCCAGUUGAAGCUCGCAUCUGUUACAAGACCAUGGUGCUUGCCUACGGAGCUGUGAGGGGAACGGCACCUCCGUACCUUCAGGCUCUGAUCAGUCCCUUCACCUAAACGAGGGCAUUGCGUUCAUCCACCUCUGGCCUGCUGGCCCCCCUACCUCUGCGGAAGCACAGUUCCCGCUCAGCCCAGUCAAAACUGUUCGCUGCUCUGGCACCCCAAUGGUGGAACAAGCUCCCUCACGACGCCAGGACAGCGGAGUCACUCACCACCUUCCGGAGACACUUGAAACCCCACCUCUUUAAGGAAUACCUGGGAUAGUAUAAAGUAAUCCUUCUACCCCACCCCCACAAAAAAAAUAAAAAAAUAAAAAUAAAUUAUUGUAAAGUGGUUAUCCCACUGGCUAUAAGGUGAAUGCACCAAUUUGUAAGUCGCUCUGGAUAAGAGUGUCUGCUAAAUGACGUAAAUGUAAAAUGUAAUAUAAUUAUCUGAUUCUUAGCAGCUUUUCCUUCUCCCGCUCCCUCCCGAGGGGCCAGGUGACUGUGUGUGUGUGUGAGAUGUCUGUAGCUACUAUAGCCAGCUCCAGCCUUUUACUGGAAAUCAGAUUGUAUGAAUGCCAUACUGCUAGAGUACUGUAGACUGACUCCAGAUCAGUAUCUUGAAACUGCUAUUAAUAAAGCCAUUGUUUGAGAAUGUAAAAGCAUGAUGCUAGCUAACUAGCGUAUCUGGAUAAUGGUUUGUGGCAUUCACUUCAGUUGUCAUAACACAGAUGGAUGUCUGUUAUGUCAUUAUUAUGACAGUGGGGCUUCUGACAGAGGGUCCAGCUGAAGUGUUUCUGAAGUGUUACCACUGGGAACAUUGUGUAUCUAAACUGAAGUGUUCCCAGUGAGAACAGUGUGUGUGUGUGUGUGCGUGCGUGCGUGCGUGUGCGUGCGUGCGUGCGUGCGUGCGUGCCUAAACUGAAGUGUUCCUAACCCAGGUAUGAGACGCUGGCAGUGGCCACAGACGCAGAGACCAGACAGGAUGCUGAGCAGCAUAGCAAAACUGCAGGGAAGAGACUGACGGUGAGAAGAGAACUUCCUGCCUCUCUCUCUGUGUGUGUGUGUGUGUGUGUGUGUGUGUGUGUAACCCUGUGUGUGUGUCCCCCUCAGGCUGAGUGGACCCUGGUCCUGGGGGAGCAGGCCUUGGACCUCUGUGUCCCCUCCUUCUCUCCGUCCUCGUCCUCCAUCUUUGUUUGCGGCGAGAGGAACCUGUACUGCCUCAAAGACAACGGGCAUAUCCGCUUCAUGAAGAAACUGGAGUACAACCCCAGCUGCUUCCUCCCCUAUUCCUCAGGUAAUGGGACAGCCCUAGUGCUUCCUCACAUAACAGACUGCUCUACUGCUUGAUAUCAUUAGCUUAUAUACUGCUUGAUAUCAGAUGCACUAUUUGUAGGACAUAUUUUAGGACAUAGUAGAUACCCAUCCAAUCGAAUGGUUUCCUCCAUAUUAUUUUGCGGAAUAUUUUUGCUGACUCUUCUAUCCAGUCUUUGUUUUAGGUCUGCCAUGUGGAUACUGGUCUAACAAAUAUUUCUAGUGGUGAUAAGACAUUCCCCAUUCCUGUCCAGUGUGCGUGGCGGUAGCAGAAUGAGUGUUUGUCCGUGAGCUCAGGUUCAUCUGAUAGGGAGUCUCUCGGCUCCUGGGUUUUGUUUGAGGGACCGGAGUCCUGACUGACUCCCAGCAUACCACUCCAACCAGAGGAAGUAGGAAAUAUCACAGAGCAAGGCAUGCUCUAAUCUGAUCCAUAUUUAGCAUAUGUAGCACCUCGAACACGCAACACACAGCACCGUCACCUGCAUAAGCACACGCACAUACACAGCAUGUUCUGCUGGCGGAAUGCCCUGUAGAUCAGGGGUCUGCGUGUUGCAUGUUUAUUCCACUAUCGCAGGACCCACUUAUGGGUUCCAGCCAACACACCUCUCUCCAGCUGAGCUCAGUUACAGGUAACUGCCAAAAUAAAGGAAACACCAACAUAAAGUGUCUUAGUAGGGUGUAGGAGCCACCAUGAGCUGCCAGAACGCGCCUUGUCAUAGAUUCUACAAGUGUCUGGAACUCUAUUGUAGGGAUGUGACACCAUUCUUCCAUGAGAAAUUCCAUAAUUUGGUGUUUUGUUGAUGGUGGUGGAAAACGCUGUCUCUGGCGGCGCUCCAGAAUCUCUCAUAAGUGUUCAAUUGGGUUGAGAUCUGGUGACUGAGAGAGACACACCCCCUUUAAAACCCCUAUGCUCCUUUUGAGACCCCUCUUUCAAAGUCACUGAGAUCUUUUCUUUUAGCCAUGUUAGCCAAAAUAAUGGGCAACUGGGAAUUUUUAUACAUGACCCUGAGCAUGAUGGGAUGUUAAUUGCUUAAUUAACUCAGGAAACACCUGUGUGGAAGCGCCUGCUUUCAAUAUACUUUGUAUCCCUCAUUUACUCAAGUGUUUCCUUUAUUUUGGGAGUUAACUGUAUAUACAUGGAGAGAGGGAUGCAAUGGAAGGAGAGCAGGAGAGAAAGAAAAGGGUGAGGGAGCAGGGAGGAAAUAGGUGAGAGAAAGGAGGGAGGAAAGGAAGGAGAGAGGGAUGGAGGAGGAAGAGUAGAAGCAGGGUGGCUGAGAGAGAUUUUGAAAAAAUAUAUUAAAAACAAUUUCAACCAGAGACACCUGCUAUUCCUCAUUGAGGUGUGUUUGACCUGUGAGCACCAUUUCCUCUGGUACACACACACCCUUACUUCACACUAUUCCCAUUCCAUUUGCAUCGUUCCUCUAUAAAGGCCAGGAUCCCAGGUGACAACGAUCACAGUCCUCGAUAGUUUUCUCUGGUUGUUUUUUCAACAGCCACCCGGACAGUAUGGAAAAUGACUUCCCGCUAUUGUAAUUUGCUACGGUUGGGUUUUCAAUACAGAGAGAGUGAGAGGAACUUUCCGGGCUGCUGACUUUUACAUUGUUUUGGCUGGAACUUUAGCGGUUUACCGGCCCGCUCCCAAUAUUUCACAGGUUUCCCCCUCUGGCCCUCCGCUAUGCAGCUGCCUUUUUUGGCUCACGUUCUCCUUUUUUCUCUCUCCCUCCCCUCUCUCUCAUCCUCUGUUUCUCCCUCAAGGAGUGAUAAUACAGCCACUUAACCCCAGAAUUGAUAAUAAUCACUUAUAAUUAGUGUACACACAUACACCUCUGGGUAAGGUGUGUUCAGGGAAACCAUUGCCACAUGUCUGUCUGAUACACAGCUAUUAAUACAGUGCCUGGCCACAGUGGCAGAACAGAACGAACCAGGAAGAGCGAAAGAGGAGGAAAAACAAGUGCAGCUAUAUGUAGUGGAUGGAGGGAGUCCUCUAAGUCCUUCUCUUUGAGAGUUGAGAGAAGGGCAAUGUGAGCUUUGAAGUGGCACAGAGGUCAAAUAUAAGCUAGCUGUCAUUUUGGCCUUGCCCGCCCCUGCCCUCUAUCCCAGUGAGGUUGGCUAGGCGUGUGUUGCGUGUGCCUCUCAGAUCUCCCAUGGUGGCAGUCACGCUAAAUGCUGGACAGUGUGCCAGGAAGUGUGUGUGUGUGAGGACAAACCAAAAGGCGUUUUCAUGCUAGACCAUUUCAGGUCAACCCGGGGUUUAACCAUGUGUGUGUGCUCACACAUGAAUAUUCUUCUACCUCAAAGACACAUCCUCACCCCAGAACUCAUUUGUAAUGACUUGAGAUCUUUUUGCUUUCUAAAUAGUUCAAUAUUAAUUGAAGGUUUGUUGUUAUUUAUGGACUGGCUUCUAGCCUGCCAAAGCAACUCCGAGCAAAUCGACAUCCCAUUGAUGACUGAUGGAUGGAAGGACUGUAUUUAUACAGCACUUUUCUUUCGGUUUCAUGCAUCUCCUGUGACUGUAUCUAACCUCUGACCCCUCCUUCUCUUCCCAGUGUCUGAAGGCACCACCAACACCCUGGUCGGUAACCAUAACAACAUGCUGCUGGUGUACCAGGAUGUGACGUUGAAGUGGGCCGCCCAGCUCUCCUGUUCCCCCGUGGCUGUCAGGCUCGCCAACUUCCUGUGAGUACCCCCCCCCCCCCCCCCCCCUCACUCGUUACCAUGGCACCUGCUGCUGCUAUGUUUGGUGUGUUGGUGUUGCCAUGAUUAUAGUGGUUGUGUACGGUAACCAGGAUUGGAUCAAUUCCAUUCUGUCAAUUUAGGAAAUGAAAUUCAAAAGCCAACCCCCACAUUUAACAAAAGAAGUAGUAAGUAGUAAGGUAGUAGCUUUUCCAUUCAUGAAUUCCCACUCAUCUCUUCAAUUUACUUAUUUGAAAUGGACCCCAAAGUUGAUGGUAACUUUACGCAGAUACACUUAAACACACAGUGUGUGCUCAGAUUCCACUGAUCUGAUAAGGUAACAGAUACCUCUGUAGGCCUUUACCUGGGGACGGGGGGAUGAAAGGAGGAGAGGAGAGUGAGACUCUAAAUGGAGGGGGAGGGAUGGAAGCUCUCAGAUGGAGCUCCAUUCCUGUGCUUCAGUGGUGAGUGUCCCUGUGUGUGUCUCUGUAGCGCUGCUGUGUUGGCUCCGUUCUAAAGAGCCCUUCUGUCAGCACCCACUAGAUGAGCCUUUCUCUGGGUCCUCCCAGAACACACACACACACACACACACACACACACACACAUUUGCAUAGCGCACACAGUUACACACUCAUCCUCCACACAACCUUACAGAACACAUUCUACAUAGGACAUACAUGUAUACAUGUAGCCACCGUUCUCUCUCUCACUCUGUUGAGCGCUACUCUCUCCCACCCACAGGCACACUCGUGUACAUGCACUCUAUGAAGCCCAAAGGCCAGGUUUGUUGUUAUUAUUAGUGUGUUGUUAUUAAUGAUCACCAGUUGUUAUGGUUAUCACCAUGAGAAAUCCACCCAAAUCCCUGAGAAGAAAUGAUUUCACAAUGUCUUACAGCUGGCCAAUCAAAACAGAUAAGGGAGUGGCGGACUGUAGUACUAAAUGUCAUCGCAGUGUAAUGGCCAUAAUCACGCUGCAAUUUACAACCAUUUAUUUACAACACAAACAGUGAUGAAUAAUGAUGGCGUGUGUGUUUUUUUAAAAAGAAUUCAUAAUUCAUAUACAGCCAUGUAGUACAUGAUGAGCUACAUAUCCACUGCUGAUACCAUGGGGAGGACUAACAGGCUGUCACCAGACCAGACACCGGUCCUCUCCUUAACCCCUGGUUUCAGUAACAUUAACGAUAGUUUUGCCUAUUCUCUCUCUCUCCCCCUCUGAAAGAGUGUAGGGUUAGGUGAGUUCAGGGGGUAGUGGUUCGGAAGGCCUCCGACUGCUGCAGAAUCUGUCAGCUUUUUCCUAUUCAGCCCCCCGACUAUUAGUGUUCCUGUUUCAUACCAUCCACCUAGAGGAGAGUGUAUCUACUCUGACCUAACCUGACUAGACGAGAGGAACAGCUGAGCAGAGAAGAUGGAAGCUUAUGGGUCAUAGCCCAGUAAAACCAAAGUUAGAAGCUUUAACAUACAGUGGGGUCCGAAAUUGUAGUAUUUGGUUUAGUAUUUGGUCCCAUAUUCCUAGCACACAAUGACUACAUCAAGCUUGUGACUCUACAAAUGGAUUGGCAGUUCGUUUUGGUUGUGUUUUAUUUUGUUUUGUGACCAAUAGAAAGUAAUGGUAAAUAAUGUGUUGUGUCAUUUUGGUAGAGCUGUCCCCAUUUAGUCGAUUGUUUGGUCGAUAGGCUGUUGGUCGACCGAGUUUAUUUUUAUUUUUCUGGUGCACAAGACAGCUUUCUGAUUUAGCGCCUGUCUCAGUGGAUUCAUUUAAUAGAUUUGGCUGUUUUUAAUCUUUGCUAUGAUGUAAUAAAGGCAAAUUGUUAGAACAGACUAGUAUUACUUAUAAUUGAUUUUGUGCUGUUUACACUGUUCCAUACAGACAGAAAAAUAAUAUUGUAAUCUAACAGCACUUGUUUGUCACACAUAAUAUGCAGCUCUCGCUCCUAUACCCUUAUUUUUCUUGGUCUCCUUCUUAUUGUUAUUAUUACAAUUAUUAUUAUUAUUAUGAUCAUCAUUAUAAUAAUAAGUAAUGUCGUUAUCAUUAGUAGGCUUGUAUAGUAAUGAUAAACCACCUCUUAGGACUAAUAGCGUGUCUGUUUAUCUUAAUAUUAGGCCUAUAGUUGCUAUUAUAAUAUAUAUAUAUGAUAUAUAUAUAUAUUAUAAUAUAUAUAUAUAACCAUCUGUAGACUAUACGUUUCAUUUAUUAUCUUAAUAUACAUUAGCCUAUAUUUCAUAUAUAUAUAUAUAUAUAUAUAUAUAUAAUAUAUAUAUAUAGGCUACUGUAUCAUCAAUCAAUGUGCCCCCAAGUGCGCCGGCGGUCUGAGGCACUGCAUCACUACAGAACGGGUUCGUUCCAGGCAGUGUCACAACCGGCGUGGUGGGAUCCCUAGGCGGCCGCACAAUUGCCCAACGUCGUCCGGUUUAGGGGGCGUCGGUCCGGGUUAGGGGAGCGGGUUUUGCCGGGGUGGGCCUUACUUGGCUCAUCGCGCUCUAGCGACUCCUUGUGGUGGGCCGGGUGCCUGCAGGCUGACGUCGGACAUCAGUUGAAUGAUGUUUCCUCCGACAGAUGGGUGCGGCUGGGUUAAGCGGGCAGGUGUUAAGAAGCGCGGUUUGUCGGGUCAUGUUUCGGAGGACGCAUGACUCAACCUUCACCUCUCCUGAGCCCGUUGGGGAGUUGCAGCGAUGAGACAAGAUCGUAAUUGGAUAGCAAUUGGAUAUCACAAAAUUGGGGAGAAAAUGGGGGUAAAAUAAAUUUUGUAAAACAAAUAUAUACAGUGGGGAAAAAAAGUAUUUAGUCAGCCACCAAUUGUGCAAGUUCUCCCACUUAAAAAGAUGAGAGAGGCCUGUCAUUUUCAUCAUAGGUACACGUCAACUAUGACAGACAAAUUGAGAGAGAAAAAAUCCAGAAAAUCACAUUGUAGGAUUUUUUAUGAAUUUAUUUGCAAAUUAUGGUGGAAAAUAAGUAUUUGGUCACCUACAAACAAGCAAGAUUUCUGGCUCUCACAGACCUGUAAAUUCUUCUUUAAGAGGCUCCUCUGUCCUCCACUCGUUACCUGUAUUAAUGGCACCUGUUUGAACUGGUUAUCAGUAUAAAAGACACCUGUCCACAACCUCAAACAGUCACACUCCAAACUCUACUAUGGCCAAGGCCAAAGAGCUGUCAAAGGACACCAGAAACAAAAUUGUAGACCUGCACCAGGCUGGGAAGACUGAAUCUGCAAUAGGUAAGCAGCUUGGUUUGAAGAAAUCAACUGUGGGAGCAAUUAUUAGGAAAUGGAAGACAUACAAGACCACUGAUAAUCUCCCUCGAUCUGGGGCUCCACGCAAGAUCUCACCCCGUGGGGUCAAAAUGAUCACAAGAACGGUGAGCAGAAAUCCCAGAACCACACGGGGGGACCUAGUGAAUGACCUACAGAGAGCUGGGACCAAAGUAACAAAGCCUACCAUCAGUAACACACUACGCCGCCAGGGACUCAAAUCCUGCAGUGCGAGACGUGUACCCCUGCUUAAGCCAGUACAUGUCCAGGCCCGUCUGAAAUUUGCUAGAGUGCAUUUGGAUGAUCUAGAAGAGGAUUGGGAGAAUGUCAUAUGGUCAGAUGAAACCAAAAUAGAACAUUUUGGUAAAAACUCAACUCAUCGUGUUUGGAGGACAAAUAAUGCUGAGUUGCAUCCAAAGAACACCAUACCUACUGUGAAGCAUGGGGGUGGAAACAUCAUGCUUUGGGGCUGUUUUUCUGCAAAGGGACCAGGACGACUGAUCAGUGUAAAGGAAAGAAUGAAUGGGGCCAUAUAUCGUGAGAUUUUGAGUGAAAACCUCCUUCCAUCAGCAAGGGCAUUGAAGAUGAAACGUGGCUGGGUCUUUCAGCAUGACAAUGAUCCCAAACACACCGCCCGGGCAAUGAAGGAGUGGCUUCGUAAGAAGCAUUUCAAGGUCCUGGAGUGGCCUAGCCAGUCUCCAGAUCUCAACCCCAUAGAAAAUCUUUGGAGGGAGUUGAAAGUCCGUGUUGCCCAGCGACAGCCCCAAAACAUCACUGCUCUAGAGGAGAUCUGCAUGGAGGAAUGGGCCAAAAUACCAGCAACAGUGUGUGAAAACCUUGUGAAGACUUACAGAAAACGUUUGACCUGUGUCAUUGCCACAAAGGGUAUAUAACAAAGUAUUGAGAAACUUUUUUUAUUGACCAAAUACUUAUUUUCCACCAUAACUUGCAAAUAAAUUCAUUAAAAAUUCUACAAUGUGAUUUUCUGGAUUUCUUUUUCUAAUUUUGUCUGUCAUAGUUGACGUGUACCUAUAAUGAAAAUGACAGGCCUCUCUCAUCUUUUUAAGUGGGACAACUUGCACAAUUGGUGGCUGACUAAAUACUUUUUUUCCCCACUGUAUAUAUAUAUAUCAUUAGUUAGGAUUAUCUGUAAUCAUGGUAGCAUCCACAUUAAUUUAAGUGUUUAGAAACAUAUUCUAUUCCUAUUUAUAAUAAGUGACUCCAAAAUGUAGGAGUCACUUAUAUAUAUAUAUAUAUAACAUUCAUUCGUUCAUGCCAUCACACAGCAUACGAGGCAUUCAUGCUUUGAAAUGCAAUCAAGCAUUUUAGUUUAAAAAUUAAAUAACAAAGGGAGCUUUGAAUAAUUUGCCUAAAUAUUAAAAUGAACCGCAAUUCAUGAAUGCAUGCAACUGUUUUUAGUCUGCUGUAAUAAAGGCUUUAUAUUUGUUUUUCGUUAGAACAGACUCUCUGGUACACUUAUUUAUUCAUUGUUCACACUGUUCCAAAUGGUCAGAAAAAAUUAAAUUGUAAUCUAACAGAAACUGUUUGGCACACAUAAUACUCACGCAACGUUUGCUCCUAUACCUUCCUUUUUCUUGAUCUCCAGUAGUUUACAGAACUAAGUCAAAUGUCUUCCUCAGAUCUGACUUCCCCUUUCCCUCCUGAGCAACCAGUAAACAUUUGCCCGUUUCGAGUUUCUUUUUCGCGUCCUCCACAUCCAUUUUGCUGUCAACAUUACUGUGUUCGGAGUUUGUUAUAACCAAUUUAUUGUUUUGAAUAUGAUAGGCUGUAGGUCAGGCCCUAUUGGUCACAUGCAUGCGACGCUUACAUAUUUCACGUAAAGAGAGCAAGGGUUGAGGGAAUAGGGAAUGUUUUUCGUAAACAAAUUAGGGAUAAAAACAUUACGACCAGUCGAUUGGUCAAAAGAACAGGACGACUCUCGGUCGACCAAGUAAUUUUUUUUUCGGGGACAGCCCUACAUUUUGGAGUCACUUAUUAUAAAUAGGAAUAUAAUGUUUCUAAACACUUUUAAAUUAAUGUGGAUGUUACCAUGAUUCCAGAUAAUCCUGACUAAUGAUGAGUGAGAAAGUUACAGGUCAAAGAUCACACCCAAAAGACAUGCUAACCUCCCCUGUUAUUGGUAAUGGUGAGAGAUUAGCAUGUCUUUGGGGUAUGAUCUUUGACCCUCUAACUUUCUCACUCAUCAUAAUUCCCGAUUCAUUCAGGAUAAUCCUUAAUCAUGGUAGCGUCCAAAUUUAAUGUAGAACUGUUUAGGAACCUAUUCUACUCCUAUUUAUACUGAACAAAAAUAUAGACGCAACAGCUACCUUAAAAUAAAUGGGCCUCACAAUGGACCUCAGGAGCUCGUCACGGUAUUUCUGUGCAUUGAAAUUGCCAAUCGAUAAAAUGCAAUUGUGUUUGUUGUUCGUAGCUUAUGCCUGACCACACCCCACCGCCACCAUGGGGCACUCUGUUCACAAUGUUGACAUCAGCAAACCGCUCGCCGACACGACGCCAUACACGUGGUCUGCAGUUGUGAGGCCGGUUGGAUGUGCUGACAAAUUCUCUAAAACGACAUUGGAGGUGGCAUAUGGUAGAGAAAUGAGCAUUCAAUUCUCUGGCAACAGCUCUGGUGGACAUUCCUGCAGUCAGCAUGCCAAUUGCACGCUCCCUCAACCUGAGACAUCUGUGGCAUUGUGUUGUGUGACAAAACUGCACAUUUUAGAGUAGCCUUUUAUUGUCCCCAACACAAGUUGCACCUAUGAAAUGAUCAUGCUGUUUAAUCAGCUUCUUGAUAUGCCAUACCUGUCAGGUUGAUGGAUUUUCUUGGCAAAUUAGAAAUGCUGACUAACAGGGAGAAAUAAGCUUUUUGUGCAUAUGGAACAUUUCUGUGAUCAUAUAUUUCAGCUCAUGAAACAUGGGACCAACACUUUACAUGUUGCGUUUAUAUUUUAGUUCAGUAUACAAUAAAAGUGUUUCCAAAAGGACACAAUACAUUAUUUACCAUUAAUUUCUAUUGGGCACAAAAUAAUCUGAAACACAACCAAAACAAACUGCAAAUUCAUCCAACAAGUUUGUAGAGUCACAAGAUUGAUGUAGUCAUUGCGUGCUAGGAAUAUGGGACCAAAUACUAAACUUUUGACUACUUUAUUUAUAAGAAUCUUUAGGAGUGUCAAGUAUUUUGACUCCUACAUUUUUAUGAGGAAAAAAAAUAUUACUUGUUAAACAAAAUCUCUUUCGCUGAGCACUUGUAUUACUAUAAAAUAGAAUUUCCCCCAAAAAAAUGUGAAUACAAUAUAGCUCAGUAUUUGAGUUAUUUAUUUUAUACAGUUAUUAUUGCUCAUCUUUCUCAAGGAACCCACUGUAGGUCUCCCUGGGGUGGGGGUCAAAUAACUUAUCCCAUUGAGACUUUCUGGUUUGAAUAAUGAUUGAAUAACAAUGAAAAAUACCUUGCAUGUGGACAAAAGGGAAACAGAAGGCUUUAGACCUGAUGGGAAAGAAACACACACACAGGAACACAAUUAGAGAACAUGCUUGACUUUGAUAGAAUAGUGAUAUAGUGAUAACAUUUUAUUUGGAUGGCUGAGUGGGUAGCUUGGGUAGGUCAAUCCCUCCCCUGUGGCGGCAGGGCUGCUGCUACAUAUGGGGGGCUUUAGAAAUGGGGGAGUGCUGGUUGUUUGGAGGGGAGAGGGGGUGGUUGUGAAUGUGCCCCUGCAGCAGUAAAAGGGGGGUUUAUGCCCCCUCAGUCGGCCUCUCCUGCAGGUGUGGAACCUACUACUCCUCUGGGCUGGAAAUCCCCUGUGUGUGUGUGUGUUACUGCCUCACUGCCCUAGCACCACAACACAUCUGCAACCAGUUAUCUGCAACCCCCCCCCCCCACACACACACACACACACACACACUGCAUCACAUCUCCUAACUAGUUUUUUUCUGUCUCUGUCAUUCUCUUGUUCUAUCUUCUCUGUCUCUGAAUGAUGGCUGCUGCAAAGCUGAUAUGAAACUGUUUUCCUCACACAAAUCAUAUAGCAGUUUUUCUGUUUCUGACGAGGCAGAUGUUUCAACCCCCCUCAUAGGGACCUGAAGGGUGUGGUGGUGACCCUGAGCAGUGAGGGCCACCUGCAGUGCUCCUACAUGGGCACAGACCCCUCCUUCUUCUCCACGCCCAAGGUGGACGCCCGCGAACAGGACUACUCCCAAAUCGACACUGAGAUGAAGAGUCUGCAGAGAGUCAUCAGACAGGCCACCAGGACCCAGGCUGGUAGGACGCACACACACAUGCACACACACGCAUGCAUGCAUGCAUGCACCGUGAACAGUCUUUGUGUGUAUUUGUGUAUUGCAGGUUAUUUCCUGACUCUCUCUCUUCUCUGUCGUAGAUAUCCUUCCUGUAGUAGAGACAGAUGA